CUGGAUAAGGUAAAGAGGGCAUACGGGGACGACCUCAGCAUCACUUGGCGCAGCUUCUCGCUGGAGCAGAACGCCCACAAUCUGAAAGAGGGCUCGGAGUCGGACUGGAAGGUCUGGGAUCAGGACGACCCCUCGCAGGGCCGCUCUCUACUCGCGCAAAUUGCUGCUGAGGCUGCCAAGCGUCAGGGCGACGACGCGCACGCAGCAUUCCACCUCGCGCUGCUAGUCGCCCGGCACGGCGGCGAAGGGCGCCUAGCCCUCAACGACGAAGAGGCUAUCCUCGAAGUUGCCGCAAACGUCGGUCUUGACGCCGGUCGAAUGCGAGAGGACAUGAAAGACCCCGAACUCCGCCGGAUUAUCGGCGAAGACCACGAGGCAGCCAUUUCCGAGGGCAUCUUCGGCACACCGACCUAUAUCUUCGAUAACGGCAACAUGGCGUACCUCAAAGCCUUCAUCCCAGAAGACGAGGAUGCAGUUGCAGCAUUCGAGCACUACAUCGCCAUCGCCAGCCACCGCAACUACUUCGGCGAAAUCAAGCGCCCGCAGCCGCCGUGGCCGAAAGGCGUCCUUGACUAA